UAAUUCACUGAGCUUUCGUGACUUGGACGCCAAGAUACCCGCUACUUCAAAAGUGGGACCUGCUUCCCCUUGCACAAACAUCCUACAGCCAUCGAGCAGCCUCAACCUUCCCCUCCGGUAUCUACAUUUGGACUACGACGCGUGCAGCGCUCGAGUCUGAUUCUCUACGGACCGCGUGUCUGGUGGUUGAUCAUCUCGCCUUCAAGAUCACUCCGUCCACCUGAGAGUGUUCGCCAAGCCUUGCGAGGCUCGGACAGUCUCUCAACGACGAAGUAUGGCUUACACGACAGUGCCGCCCGCGGUGGAUGCCAUGUCGUACGGCAACCUCGCUCAGCAGGCACCACUUCCUAUGCAUACUUCGACAUAUCAGAGUGCCGAUGGGACGCAAGCCUUCGCCGUCGACGAGUACGGACGCCAUUGGCAACUUCCGCCCGCUCCAAAACUCACCUCUGCAGCAGCGCGACGAUGGAACGAUGCUGUGCAGGAUCGAUUCUCGUCGAUGCUGCCCUACACAGCUCCUUGGGCGGCAAUGACGAAUCCAUCCUAUCAGCAGGCACACCAGCAGCCUGCCGGACCUCAGCAUCAUUACGAUAUCGAACAACAGAUGAUGCUACACCAUCAGAUUUCCAAGCAACAACAAAGGCGAUCGAUCCCGCAAUUGCCACCACCCCGCUCGCACUUCGGUCAACAUACGCCAGGGUUUCUCCCACAGUACCAGACGCAGCCAGGUUCAGCUUUUGCCGCCGGCCGACCCUCCGCCAACAACGGGGGCUGGCAGAACUUUGAGCAAUCGUCCGAUUCCUUCUUGCCCACUUCCUAUUCGCAACAAGCCAAUUGGACUCAGUCGAACGCUCUGCCAGAGCAUCCCUACCAACGUUCUUCUUACGGUGCGCCGGAGACGUGCCCUGCGAAUCCUCCUUCUUACGACCUUCGUCAAACACAGUCUCAGCAAGGGGCCGCUGAGGUCGAGCAGUUUCGACUUGCUGAAAGAAACGCCUGGCAAGAUCCCUCCUACCGCCAUGACUACAACACAUGGCAAAGCGGCAACGGUCAGCCUGCUCCUUUCCAGGAGAGGAGACGGUCCGAAUUUGCGGACCGUGCCGGCGCAAGGGCGCAGACUUAUGAUUGGACGUUGCCUGCACCGCAGCAGAGUCAGAAGUAUUGGCAGGGACGGGACGAAGGUGGUCAGCAAGAAAGCCUGAGUCGAGGUGGAUGGCAGCAUCAGUCGAUGAGCUACGGUCAAAGCCGGCACCAUUCUCGAUCUCAGUCGCAGGUCCCAGCUCACUGGCCUUCGCAAAUUGACCAACAGCACCAGCAGCAAUCUCUUCAGCAACAAGAGAGACAGCAACGUGCCCCCUCUUCUGGUAACCAUCAUGCUCAGCCGCACCUAUCACAAGGACACAUUGCAUCUUCUCAGCAGCAACAGCAGUACGAUGCAGGCGCACCUGCUGCUGCAGCGCAUGAAGUGAUUCAGGAGCCUGCCGAUUCUGCGCCAGCGCCCCCGUCUCCCAACACUCUUGAUCGCUCCGGUGUAUCCAUAUCCAACUUUGGGGCCGAGCUCGUCUGGAACGCCUGCAUUGGACUUCUGGAUCCUGAGCUCAUUCUCGAAGCUCGUCGCGAAGAUCUCGGGGACAGCAACUCGCCCACUAGUACAUCGAGCUUGUCAAGCCCGAUGCUCAGCACACCCCUGACAACGCCACAGUCUCCAUCUUCGGGCGGCAAAGACCUUGAUGCAUCUGCAAAGCUACUGUCCACUCUCGGGCUCAAUUAUGGUCUGCCGCCCCACCACGAGCAAGACGAAGCGGGUGAGGCUGAGUGGUCCGCCUGGGAGGACGGUUCGCACAACAGCGGCUCGCGACCCUCUGAAUCUUCAAGUGGUCCGGGUAGUGCUGUGCGGCAACCGUCUACUUCGUCUUCUGAACAACCGUCGUCACAGCCUCUGCAACCCACACCUUCUGCCUUAAGCAGUCCGAUGCAAUUGUCUUCCUCUUCGUCGCCUCGUGACAAGGGAGCGGCAAGUGCAAGCAUUGCCAGAACCCGUUCCGGCUCGCGACAAGCUGUGGGGCGCACCAGAUCUCAAGAGCGCUCACGGGCUUCUGUCCUCUCUGUCCUGGGUCUUGUCUCUCCCCAAUGGCAGUGGACGCAUGCCAGUGCCAGCUUACCCACUCUCUUUGACCAGUCGCAGAGGUCAUUUGAAAUGGAUCGUCAUCGCGACGGCGAAGACGCUUCUGCUCACAUGCCGUCUGCUGUUCAGGGCAGCGAAAGCAGCCCUGCAUUUCGUCGAUUUGCGCAUCAAGUUCUGGCUCAAACGCUCCUCUCCCCUACGGCGUUCUUGCUGGGAUUGCUAUACGCUCUUCGCAUUCCUCUGAUCGCCGUCGACACACAGGGUCGCAUCGACCCCGAAGCGGUUGAAGUCCUGGCUUCUCCUCCUUCUGCCGCGCCGUUCAAAAUCUUUACUCUUGGACUGAUGAUCGCCAACAAGCACUUGGAUGACAAUACCUUCCUCAACAAGACUUGGAACGAGGUUACUGGGAUUCCUCUUACAGAGCUGAACAAGAUGGAGCAGUACUAUCUGAUCCGCAGCAACUAUGAGAUCGCACUUCCCGAUCGCAUUUGGGUGUCGUUUCUCAAGAGGGUCCAGAGGCGAGAGGAAAGCAAGGGGUGGGCCGCCAGUCCUAACGAUAGGACCAACCAACAGCAUCGGCCUGUGGGCAACGGCCGAGGUUCACUCACGUCUGCACAUGGUGCAUCGCCAUCAGCCAGAGAUGAGACGUCGCAGAAAGUACUUUCUGCACUCAGUGACAUGCUGUCCGCUCUCUGGUCGGCGUUACCUCAUCAGCAGCACCAAGGCAUUUCUUCAGGCGAAGGUCGUUCCCAAUCUCACCAGCCACAGCGGCCGACUGCUGCUUUGGUAGAUCAUCAUCAUCAGUGCCGGUCUGCUCCUGCAGGUGCGAUGCAGUACGGGGUCAGUGAUGAUCUGCCCUCUCGACUUCCAGCAUCGCAGUCUCAGCGACCUGGCUAUGAUGCCUUGGCACGCUCUCUCUCCGACUUUGCGGCCGCUUCCGCGUCGUCGGCAUCACCAGCGACGACUACGACUUCGUCGAGGCCACCAAGUCGUACGCACCCUCGCAUGCACGAAGCGCCGCUAGCGCCUUCUGCCCUUCUAGAGCUGCUGAACAGCGGCAGGAAUCUGACCAGUGCCCACUGAAAUGCAAGAUCGGUUCUAGUCAAGCUUGCACUUGCCUACUGUUGCCUCCUUUUCGUGCACCAAAAGCGUCCAAUUAAGCCCUCGUCACUUGGCGCAGUCCCUGUUCCAUCAAAUCUCUCGUAUCGUCAAGAUUUCCUUUCCCUGCUAGCGUCCGCGAAUGGAGGUCCCCGCGCUUCUGCUCUCAUCG